CUGAAGGCGGGGCGGAGAGCGGAAAGAGGGGGGCGUGGCCAAGCGCCACCGCCCGCCGACUCGCUCUCCCUGUGGGAGGCGGGGGCGCGCGCGCGCGCGCUCGUUCGCGCAGCCGGCUGCGUACAGUAGUGACGGCGCGCGGGAGCGGUCACAUGACCGUAGCGGCUGCCUGUACAGUAAGAACCCAAUAUGGCAGCGGCGGUAGCAGUGGCAACGGCAGCAAGAGGACCGGCCGCCCCUUAGAGCCCCCCCGCCCCCGCGCACCACCCCCGCCGCUUCCUCCGCCUGGGUGCUCCUCGGGUCCGACUUCCCCUUUCUCCCACCCUUCCCGGCACCGCGGGAAAAGCAGCGCACGGCACCGCCGGCUGGGAGGGCAGCGAGAGCCCGGGCACAGGAGCCUCCCCGUCAGUUCAAGACCCGACAUGAGGGAAAAGGGCCGUAGGAAGAAGGGCAGGACCUGGGCGGAGGCCGCCAAGACGGUCUUAGAAAAAUACCCCAAUACACCCAUGAGUCAUAAAGAAAUUCUUCAAGUCAUCCAGAGAGAAGGACUAAAAGAAAUCAGAAGUGGGACUUCCCCUCUGGCGUGCCUAAAUGCCAUGCUUCACACAAACUCCCGAGGAGAAGAAGGCAUCUUCUAUAAGGUUCCAGGCCGGAUGGGAGUCUAUACCUUGAAGAAAGAUGUGCCAGAUGGGUUGAAAGAGCUCUCAGAAGGUUCAGAAGAAAGCAGUGACGGCCAGUCUGAUUCCCAGAGCUCUGAGAACAGCAGCAGCAGCAGCGAUGGUGGGAGCAACACGGAAGGCAAAAAGAGCAGGUGGAAAAGGAAAGUAUCGUCUAGACUGUCCCAGCCGUCCUCUCCCCAGUCAGGCUGCCCAUCAGCCACCAUUGCAGCAGGUAAAGUCAUCUCUCCGUCACAGAAGCACAGCAAGAAGGCACUGAAGCAGGCUCUAAAACAACAGCAGCAGAAAAAGCAGCAGCAGCAGCAGCAAUGCAGACCUGGCAUGUCUAUCUCUUCCAACAACCAGCAUCUCUCUCUGAAGACUGUCAAAGCAGCCAGUGACUCCGUAUCUGCCAAACCUGCGAUAUGGGAAGGGAAGCAGUCUGGUGGACAGUCAAGCAGCCCUCAGAACACAAACUCUAGCUUUUCUUCUUCAGUUAAAGUGGAGAGUCCUUUGCUAGGUUUGGGGAAGAAGUCAUUCCAAAGGUCUGACAGGCUCCACACAAGGCAAAUGAAAAGGACUAAAUGUGCUGAAAUUGAUGUGGAGACACCAGACUCCAUUCUGGUUAACACAAAUCUCCGAGCCUUGAUCAACAAGCACACCUUCGCAGGCCUUCCUGGAGACUGCCAGCAGCGGCUGCUUUUACUACUUCCAGAGGUGGAUCGACAGGUUGGUCCAGAUGGUCUGAUGAAGCUAAAUGGUUCAGCCCUUAACAAUGAAUUCUUCACAUCAGCAGCCCAAGGCUGGAAGGAAAGACUGUCGGAAGGUGAGUUUACACCUGAGAUGCAAGUGAGGAUUCGACAAGAGACUGAGAAAGAGAAAAAAGUGGAGCCGUGGAAGGAACAAUUCUUUGAAAGCUACUAUGGUCAGAGUUCUGGCCUGAGUCUUGAGGAGUCAAAGAAAUUGACAGCUUCACCCAGCGAUCCCAAAGUAAAGAAGUCUCCAGCUGAGCAACCAAAAUCCAUGCUUCCUUCAGAGGCCUCUCCUGUCAGUAUCGUCCCAGCAAUUCCCCCGUCGGAGUCUAAAGAAGAAGUCAUGCAAAUACUGUCCCUGGUUAGAAAAGAAGAACCCCGAAGCCAAGAAAAAAUUCCCUCAAGCCCCUCCACCCCCCCAAACCCCUCACUUUCCCCAGCCAGCCAUACUAAGGAGCUUAGCAACAUCCUUGCUGCCAAGUGCCCAAAGGCUGAGGGUCUCCUGGAGCAGAAGCCAGUUGCUCCUGCCGAGGAGGAGUCUGAAGCAGAGAAUCAUCUCACGACUGCUGCUGACUCUAAUGAAAACAGAAUCCAAGAAGCUUUAGCUACAUCCCCAAGCAAACCCACUAUAGAAACAGGCGCACAGGAGACCACCAGGAAAGAGCCUCCGGCCACUCCCACUCAGCUCAUCCCGGAAAGCCUCAAGAGGAAGUCUCUCCCCCAAGAAGAGCCCCCAACGAGCUCGGAGAAAAGGCCACGGGUGGCUGAGAAUCCGCAGCAGCAGCUGCCACCGCCGCCAUUUCCAGUCUCGCCACAGCCCUUUCUCAUUAGAGGGAACGCGGUCCAGGUGCGAAGGGUACCGCCUCUCAAGAUCCCGGUCUCCAGACUCUCCCCCAUGCUGUUUCCUUCAUCGCAGGUCUCUCCCAGGGCUCGUUUCCCAAUCUCCAUCACUAGUCCUAACCGAACCGGAGCCAGAACCCUUGCAGACAUCAAGGCCAAAGCCCAGCUGGUCAAAGCACAGCGGGCAGCUGCCGCCGCCGCCGCUGCCGCCGCUGCCGCCGCCUCAGUUGGCGGAACCAUUCCAGGACCUGGCCCCGGAGGUGGACAAGGCCCAGGAGAUGGUGGAGAAGGCAGAUCUGCCAGAGCAGGGAGUCCCCCCUCAGACAGAAUCGGUGAAACUGGAAAGGGCCCCACACUGGAAUUGGCAGGAACUGGAAGCAGGGGAGGUACGAGAGAGCUUUUACCCUGUCGCCCAGAGACUCAGCCCCAGUCUGAGACCAGGAUCCCAGGCCAGGCACAGCCUCCUAGUGGCCCUGGAGCACAACUACAGCAAACCCCCUCAGUGCCUCCAGCCUCUGCCACCGGUAGAGCAUGUACAAGUGCCCCUUCACCAGCCCACCCUAACGUAGCCUCACCAGCUUUAGGGAAAGCAGAUAAUGAAAGCCUGAAUCCCCCCAGGGCAGCAGCCAGAGUGGCCCCUCUCAGCCUCCCACAAGGGCCCAGUAGUUGCAGGCAGGAGAAAGCACCUUCCACCCCGACAGACCCUGCUCUCCUCUCAGAUGCCUCACCUGCUCAUUUCACAGCAGAGGGCCCAGUGGAGACCAAAGCAGGGUGUAGUCAGAAGAUCUCCGGCCUGUCAGUCUCGGCAGAAACAAGUGCUACUGCUCCAAUGGACAUGGAUCCCUCCCCUUUCACAUCUCCCUCACCAACAGCCACUUUAGCAAAACUUGCUGUCCCCCAGGUCAGUGUGACCACAGCACCAACCACUUCAGCCCUACCCUCCAACACUUUGCCAGCAGCAUCUAGCCUUAAAACCCCAGUAAUGUCUUCAGAUCUCAACGGACCCAUUUCAAGGCCAAGCUCUAGUAUACCUGCUAAUAAUCCUCUGGUCACUCAGCUGCUACAGGGCAAAGAUGUUCCCAUGGAGCAAAUCCUGCCUAAGCCUCUCACCAAAGUCGAAAUGAAAACUGUCUCACUGAGUAUAAAAGAGGAAAAGGGGGGGACAGGCACCAACAUGACCGAAAAUAGCUCCAGUGCGGACGUUCACGAGAGGCAGUUCCAUCCAGCCGCACAGCCUCUCAGUAAAAUGUCACAAAGCAGGCAACUCCCCCCGGUUCCAAGACCCUUUCCACGUUUUUCAGGAAAGGAUCUGAGGGACGCUCCCAUUGACACACACCAGUACCAAGAAGGACUAAGUAAAGCAUCCCAGGAUCAGAUCCUUCAGGCCCUCAUGCAGCGGGUUCAGAUGCCGAGUGUCUUCUCAUUUCUGCAGCCCCCCCAGUUCAACUUCACUCACUCAGGUUUCCAGGUAGAAGACGUCUCCAUGAGCCACAGGUUCAUGCUGGGCUUCACCGGCAGGAGGACAUCCAGGCCUGCAAUGGCAGGUCACUACUUACUUAACAUUUCCACCUACGGCCGCGGUUCAGAGAGUGUGAGGAGGACCCACUCUGUAAACUCUGAUGACCGCCUUUGUCUAAGCAGCCCCCACGAGGCCUCAAAAACGGGGUAUCCCGAGUGUAGAAACGCAGCCGAUGACAGCAGCAACAGAGACGAAGACUCUGGGGAGGAGAGCGCUGGCGAUGAGCAGGAGUCCGUCCUGGUCAAGGAGGAGCCCCAGGCGCCCCAGGCUGCCGGCAGGUGUGAAGCAGGCUCAGGACCCCGCAGCGGAGAACCCCUCUCCAGUGCCGAAUGUUUAGUGAAGAAGAGCGUGAAGGCCGAGUCGCCCAUGCGUGAGCAGAGCAUUCUGAGCAGAGAGAGCUGCUCGUUCACCAGGGGUCAGAUGCUUGACGAUAAGACCCUAGCCAGAGAUUUUAUUCAGGCAGCACAGAAGCAGAUGGCUCAUGCAGUUCGAGGCAAGGCCAUGUGUGGCAGCCCCGAGCUUUUCACGUCCACUGCUCUUCCCCUUCCUGCAGACAGCCCCACCCAUCAGCCCGUGCUCCUCCCACCGCUGCAGACCCCAAAGCUGUACGCGAGCCCCACACAGAUGGGCCCCAGCUACAGAGGCACGAUCAAUGUUUCCACCUCGUCUGACAUGGACCAUAACUCUGUUGUUGCGGGGAUGCCCGACUGCAGCCCGGUAGCGAGCAACGUAGGCGAUGUCAUGUCCUUUUCGGUGACUGUCACCACCAUCCCUGCCAGCCAGGCCAUGAAGUCCAGCAGCCACGGCCAGAGCAUUCCCGUGCAGGCCUUUCCUGAGGAGAACAGCAUAGAGGACGCACCUUCGAAAUGUUACUGUCGGUUGAAAGCCAUGAUCAUGUGCAAGGGCUGUGGGGCCUUCUGCCACGACGACUGCAUCGGCCCCUCCAAACUGUGUGUCUCUUGCCUUGUCGUGCGGUAACAGGCUGCUGCAGCCUGUGGGAUCACAAAAAUGAACACGUAGGUUUCGGUUGUCUUCAAAGACAAAUGUCAUUUAAUCAGGAAUACAGAGCUUGGAUCUUACAUUCUAGAAGAAGAGCACCUUGUGUAGUAAGUCUAAGUCAGGCAAGCCUUUGUGAAUUUGUGACAAGUUUGCACUUAUAAAAUCAUGUAAAUAUGUCACAAUUUUGUUUUAACAUUAUUUUUCCAAGUCUUUAGGUAAUAAUGUAUUAGUUUGAAUUCAAAUUUAUGUUCCACUUCAUGUGACCCUGAGGAAAGUUUAAUGUCAUGCCUAGUAAAAGGAAGCUGUCUCCCUCCUGUCCCGUUUUAUGAGGCUAGGAAAAGGGAGGAAUGACGGAAUGGUCAGAAGAAAUGACCGUGUUGAUUAUGUCUUGAGAAUAGGACAGCAGGCUGCAUGGAGAGUAUUCAGCCAUAGCGGGAUUUGGAUUCAGGAUUUACUCAGUCCCUUUACAUUAUAUGGACUCCUUUCAAGUUCCCAUUUUAGAGAAGGUUUAUUGAUUUCAGACUCUGGAAGCCCCGGCUUGGCUCUUUGCUCGCAUCAACCAAUACCAGGCACUGGAUAGGCACUUGGCUCGCUGUUGGUGGAGCCCUGCUGCACCCUUGUCCCACUCCCCUUCCCAGAGACAGGAACAUGAUGCCUCACCGGCAUGUGACCAUAGCUUGUGCCGGGCAUUUCCAGCAAUAACACCCAUGUGUUCCGUCAUUCAUGGGAGCUCCCAGGCAGGUAUGAAGGACCAGUAUGGAACUAACAGAAAGCACCAGUGGUGUGGUGUUUCAGGCCUCUUUUGUGUCAUUGCACAAGGGAAGUAAAGUUAGCAGAAACUGUUCAAAUGAGCAUAACACUUUUGGAAAAACAAUUUCACCUCCAGAAAUAAAGCAGCCUCUCCUUUCCACCUCUCAUCCAACCCUUUACUUAGGCGCUGCAGUCAUUCACGUGUCGCUCCAUCCAGGAAGGCAAACUCCUUCAUGCUGCAGAAGCUGCCAGACAGCUGAGCUGUAUGGUCAAAAGCCCGCUCUAUAUUAAUUUAAACAUGCGCAGUGAAAGCACUUUCUGCUUAGGAAGUAUGCCCCCGUUUUGAAUUGCUGCUCUGGAUGCAGUAAAUUGCUGUUGUGAAGGUUCAGUGAAUGACUCGGGGGCAUCUAGAGAGGAAGAGGAGUUAGCUCCAUAGUUGGUGGUGGUGGUUGUUUUCCAAGUCCUAUACCUAGUGACUGAAAUUUUGAAUACAUGUAUUUAGGUCAUGGUUAAUGAAUAGUAAUCUACAACUUAGCAGAAUUUGCUAUUUAAAAAAAUGGGGUUUGUCAGCAUGCAUCAUUUCGCAUUGGGUUUUGUCUCCUCACUUGAAGUGUGUGAAGUAAAACUGUUAGUGCGAUCUAGUGCAGUUGUGGUUGUACUAAGUACUUAGGAUGUGAUAAUUCUAAAUAUACAGCAGCUUACACUUGUCAUUUAAGUGGAAUUCCAUGUGAGGAGAAAGGGGUCAUCUUUGCUUUGCCGCUGUUCUGCCGCCCAUCCCUCCCCACCCCCAGUCAUUUGCUGCUGCUUUCAAACUCCAUAACUUUCGUUGGUUUGUAUGUUGUGUGUCCACGUUCCAAGACAAGUAUAGGAUUCAUAUCUCUGUUCUAGCUUCAUUCAAGACGUUAUGAUGUCCUCCCAGCUCUCCUCUCCCUUCAGCACACCCAUAGCUAAAAGGUGUGUGGAGGCUGCAGAGGUCCAGGGAGAAGAAGGAGCAAGUUCACUGGCCAAGACCCCCAAAGGAGUAGUUCACUGACUACUCCAAGGGGAAGCUAAGAUCUGUCGCUGGGCAGAAUCCUUGCCCGGCCUCCUCACUCCUCACAUUACUGUCUGAACUGAGGGCUGGUCUGCAUGCCAGAGGGCGAAAGGCUCAUCACCAGUUUGAGUUGAUGAAGGUGAUAUUUCUUCUUCACACCUUUCCUGUCACAAAGUCUCUCCUCCUCGGUUCCCUUCGCCCGAGGAUGGGCAGACUAGCCAGGAAAAGAGGAAAGGCAUCAGGGAUUUUCAAGACCAUUUUGAGAGCAAACCAUAUCGUGCCUCUUCAUCCUGACCCAGGUUCUUACAGAUUGGUCCUAAGCGUUACUAUUCACCAGAUUCUCUUAAUAGGAAACACCCAGCUACUAAAAUGUUUGCAUUUGUGAAUGCCCCUAAACCAGUCAACUAGGUACACUGGCUCAGUAUUGACCAAAUGAGAGAACACUUAGGAUCUUGUAGAUGAUAAUAAAUCGAAUAUAAUUUACUCACCAGUUUGUUUCAAAACAAACUAGAAACUCGUUUGUCUUACAAAUUAUAUGGGGGAGGGGGGAUUGCAAUUUGGCCCUUCUGAAAGUGAAGCAGCAGGAUUAGGAUGAUCCUUAAAUUAACAGACCAUGGUACUCCUGUACCUUCCAGGCAGUUUUUGUCUUAAAUUUUCAGUUACUUGACUUUUCAAUUCAGUCUGAACUGUCUCUUAACAAGUACUAAGCUUAUUUUGAUGAUAUUAAGUUGCACUAUUUCUGGUGACAAGCCAGGCGUUAGGCCUGGCAUGUUUGCCUCCAGUGUGUGCUUGGGCCUCCCAGUACCUCCACUGUGGGUCCUGUCGGGGAGAGAACACUGGCGAUGUCUCAUCUCAGUCUUAGGAAUGUUCUAAGUUGACCCAGAGAGAAGACGCUCUGACUCUGUUCUUAACUCCAUUAAACUGAAAAUAAAGCCAAAAAAACCUGGAGUCACUUGCCCUGUUUGUACGACAUAACCCUGUGCUCAAGAUACUGGCGCUACCUGUGGUGUCCUCACACAGCGUUUUCCACAGAAAGAUUUGGUAAACAGGAAGCUUUUCUUGUACUAGGCGAGGCAUACUGCACUACUUGAAUCAUAAAGCACACAUGCAGAGGUGUUUUUAGGAAUUAUCUCAUUUAAAUAAAUAGCCAAAGGAUGAACCUCACUGCCUUCCCGGUGAAGGUGCAGAUUCAUCCCUAUUAGUGACCCGACAGGAGCCAUCUAACUGUUACCUUCUUUAAGGGAUUCCAGCGAAAUCCUGAGGGGUCUGUCACUUCACCAUUUAUUUCCAGGAGGCACUUGUCAGUGGGCAGUUCCAGGGCUGUUUUCUCUGUGACCUGGAGUCUUCACCACACAGCAAGGGGGAGAAAGUCUCCCCAAGAUAUUACAACAACGUGCUAAGUGAGACACUUGGCCAAGGGUCAUUGUCAGCUUGACUGAUACAGUAGCCCAAAGAGACUUUGAGAAACAUGAUGACAGGCGGGAUCCCCGCUGCCGUGUUUCUAUACCUAGAUACCUAUUGACUGACAGAACAAUGGGUGAAGCAUUUCCUGAAGUUUGAAGUGCAAGCUUCAUAGAUUCUUGGUUACUUUAUUUUUUUUAAUGCUUUACAUUUGAUACAACUAUUAAAGAUCAAUUUUAAAAAUAGCUUUCCAGUAAUAUAUUUUAAGUAAUAUAUAUUUUAAUAUCUAUGUAAAAAGUGACAGUGGAAGACUGAAUUUCUCAUAUGUGGUAUGUUCAGUGCAGGACCUCACUGUUAAGGCACAAAUUAUUUCAAAGGAAGUUAAAGAUGCUCAGACUAUUUCAGUCAAAAAAAAAAUGCAAUAAGGGGGAUAGUUUUGGAGUUUUUAUUUAUGAGAAAGCUGACUGGCUGACCACAAGCUGUUCUCUUCCCUUCUGGCUAUAAGGUUUGUACAGACUGGCUUGGUAAAUGCUAAACUUUUGUGUCUUUUGCCUUUUUAAAGGAAUUGUUAACAUUGGAAUUGAGGGUAUGUACAGAGAAGUUGGUGUCAGCACCAUUUAAAAAGUCAUAUUUUUUCACAGAUAUAGAGAAAUCAUUUUACAUAAGAAUUUUAAGUAUUUGCAAUAAAUAUAUGUAAAUAGAUUGUAUGUAUUCAUAUAUUCUUAUUUUUCAUUUUAUUAUUAAGAAAAUUAAAGUGAAAAUAAAAACCUUGGAAUUUGUGGUGAA